AUGACAGACUUCGACCUCUCCUUCAUCCCCGCCCUCUACACUCCUUCAGCCUUGUUGCCUAUCGCUAGACAUAAAGACAGCCUCCUAUACACUGUCGAAACUCACCAGGUCACGGUGAUCGUGGGCCAGACUGGCAGCGGCAAGACAACUCAGAUGCCUCAAUUUCUGGAGCAGGCAGGAUGGUGUGCCAACGGGAAAUCCAUUGCAGUCACACAGCCCCGACGAGUGGCGGUCACGACGGUUGCUACUCGAGUCGCCGAAGAAAUGAGAUGUCAGGUCGGUGCGCAAGUCGGGUAUUCGAUUCGAUUUGAAGACGUCACAUCCGCCAGAACCAAGAUCAAAUUUCUCACCGAUGGUAUGCUGCUGCGUGAAGCACUGGUUGACCCUCUGCUGUCAAGGUAUUCCGUCAUUAUGGUCGAUGAAGCUCACGAAAGAUCCCUGAGCUCCGACAUUCUGCUAGGGUUGCUCAAGAAAAUCAAGAAGCGCCGACCAGAGUUGCGAAUCAUCGUCAGCAGUGCAACUCUCGAAGCAGAACGCUUUGCCGACUUCUUCAAGGAUCAGGAUGGAUCCGACGACCAAUGCCGAAUAGUCAGUGUCGAAGGCCGGACUUACCCUGUCGACAUCCUGUAUCUGGAUCAACCCACGGACAACUAUGUCGAAAAAGCUGCGCAGACAGCAUUCACGAUUCACCAACAAGAAGCCCCUGGUGACAUUCUUGUUUUCCUGACGGGCCGGGAAGAAAUCGAAAAUGCCAUGCAAAUACUUUCCGAUCUGGCAUCAACACUACACCCACCAACCCAAGCUAUUCAACCACUUCCACUGUACGCGGGACUCGGCACAGAAGAUCAAAUGUACGUCUUCUCUGAAGCAGCAGAGAACACUCGAAAAGUGAUCCUCAGCACAAACAUCGCAGAGGCUUCCGUCACCAUAUCUGGAAUUGUCUAUGUGAUCGACUGCGGGUUCGUCAAACUCCGUGCUUUCAAUCCAAACACGAACAUUGAGACCCUGACUCCCUUUCCUACAUCCAAAGCCUCUGCGACCCAACGAGCAGGUCGAGCAGGACGAACCCAACCAGGCAAAUGCUUUCGUCUGUAUACGCAAUCGUCAUACCAUUCAUUACCGGCGACGACGACCCCCGAAAUCCAACGCUCAAACCUCGCGCCCAUCGUUCUCCAGCUCAAAGCGCUGGGAAUUGACAACAUUGUCCGCUUUGAGUUUCUCUCACCACCGCCGUCCCAACUUCUAAUCCGUGCUUUUGACCUUCUAUAUUCUCUUGGCGCCGUCGACGACUACGCGAAGCUCACCACCCCACUGGGCACACGCAUGGCCGAACUCUCGAUCCCGCCAAUGAUGGCCAAGUGUCUCCUCACAGCUUCCGACCCCAAAUUCAUCUGCCAGAACGAAAUGCUCUCAAUAGCAGCCAUGACCUCUCUCCAAGGGAAUGUCUGGUUCCACAAUAGCGGCGAGAAUAAAGCCAUGGAUCUCUCACGGAGGAAAUUCGCUGCCGAGGAAGGCGAUCAUCUAACCUUGUUGAACGUCUACCAGUCCUUCGUGACGCGAGGCAGGAAAGAAGCCAAAUGGUGUCACGACCAUCACCUGAAUUUCAAGUCCAUGCAACGGGCCGUCAGCAUUCGGAAUCAACUCCGACGAUACCUAGAACGACUAGGCGUCAAAGUAGACGAGUCACUCAUCUCUUCCUCUUCGAACCCACCGUAUCUCCCCACCGCCCAACCCAACCAGACAGACAAGGCUACAAGUAUCCUCAAAUGUCUCGUGACCGGGUAUUUCCCAUAUGCGGCCAAAAUGCAGCCUGACGGCACGUUCAAGUCGGUCUCCGGAAACGUGACUAUGCACGCGCACCCGACGAGUUUGCUCUUCAAUCGCAAGGCUGAGUAUGUGGUGUUUCACGAGUUGCUCGAAACCGGAGACAAGGUCUAUAUCAAGGACAUUAGCAAGGUGGAAAAAGCGUGGCUGGUUGACUUUUCAGGCGGGUACUAUCGUGCUAAGGCAUGA